CUGCUGAGAGAACAUGAAGGCGCACUAUGUCUCCUGUGACUGGCAUACGCAAAGUUGCAUGUGUGCUCAGUUCAAACCUGCGCCAUGUGCGAGUCUUUGAGAUGGACGCAGAAGAUGAUGGGGAAGAGGAAGAAGAGGAGAUUCUGCAUUCUCAGGAUGUGACAGAGGAAGAGGAGGAAUUAAACCAGUCUGCGGAUGAUGGACAGACAAAUUCAGCGGAAGCAGUUGAUGUGACAGAGGAAAGCUUGGACUCCUGGUACCGGGCCAGUCUCUCCGGUGGGACCAGUUCCUUUGUGUGA